UGCUUCCAGUGCCGACAGAAGCACGGCACUGAUGCUCUCGCCUUUUCAACAGGUGCAUGGGAUGAAGGGAGCCUGAGACCCAUCUGGAGAGGAGACCCUGGUCCCUGUGGAGUUGCCCACCAUGAGCAGGGCAUUGCUGACAGGCAGGAUGCAGCCAGAGAUCCGGAGUGUCUGCGUCUUCCUACCCACCCGUGAGCAGCUCAGCCUAGCCGUCGGGGUCAAAGCCACUGGACAGGAGCUCUUUCAGCAAGUUUGUGAUUUAGUGAAGAUUAAAGAGCCUCACUUCUUUGGCCUCAGCAUUGUUAAAAAUAAUGAAUAUGUUUUUAUAGACCUGGAGCAGAAGCUUAGCAAAUACUUUUCAAAGGAGUGGAAGAAAGAGACCACCAAAGGAACAGAGAAAUUCAGCCCUCCUUUCGUUGCGUUCUUUAGAGUACAAUACUACGUAGAAAAUGGAAGAGUAAUAGGCGAUAAGGUGGCUCGGCAGCUCUACUACUACCAUCUCAAAGAGCAAGUACUUAUGUCUCAUUGCAAUCACAAAGAAGAAAUCUACUUCUUGCUGGCUGCCUACAGCUUACAGGCAGACUUGGGCAACUACAGAGAGAAGGUCCAUGCUGGCAAAUAUUUUGAACCUCAGGCUUAUUUCCCACAAUGGAUAAUUGCGAAGAGGGGGAGUGACUACAUCUUGAAACAUGCCCCAGAGAUGCACCGAGAACAGCAAGGGCUGAGCACUAAGGAAGCAGUUCUGAAGUUCAUUAAGGAGUCUUGCCUACUGGAAGAUGUGCCAGUCCACUUCUACAGGCUGCAGAAGGAUAAGAAGGAGGAUCGACCAACAGUUAUCCUGGGCCUGACCCUGAGAGGAAUGCACAUCUAUCAGGAGGUGAAUCACGUUCGCCAGCUCCUCUAUGACUUUCCCUGGUCGCACAUUGGGAAGCUGGCCUUUCUGGGGAAAAAAUUUGAGAUCCAACCAGAUGGCUUGCCCUCUGCAAGGAAACUGGUUUACUACACAGGCUGCCCCUUCAGGUCACGGCAUUUGCUGCAGCUGCUCAGCAACAGUCACCGGCUCUUUCUGAAUAUUCAGCCAGUGUUGAAGCAAAUCCAAAAACUGGAGGAGGCUGAAGAGAAGAAGCGCUACCGAGAGUCGUACAUCAGUGACACACUAGACAUGGACCUGGACCCAUGUGACAAGAACUCCCGUGGUAGCGGGAGCAGCGGGGGCAGCCAGAGGGAUAACCGUCUCUCACGCCAGUCCACAGGAAGCCAUGGCAGCUCUCACACAUCGGGCAUCGAGGCUGACUCCAGGCACCGGGUGUCAGUGGAAAUGUCGGUGGAUGAGCCCUUCAGCAUUGACCGGGUGCAUAGGAAAGAGAAAUCUUGCAGCUCAACCAUCAGCUAUGGUAGCUCUGGCAUUGACAUUGGCAGCAAACAGCGGGCUGAUGAUGACACUCGGGAUGAUGAGCUUGAGCUGGCAGUAGAUGAGCCAGAGGAGAUGCCUGUAGAUGAGCCUUUAGAGGGAGACCAGUUAGAGGAGGCCACUGUGGGAGAAUCUGUUGAAUCUCUGCCUCUAGAUACUGCUAGCUGCCAAGCUAUAAAUCAUGGAUCGCUGUCUGUGGUGCAAGUCACGCUAAUCAAAAUGAGAGGCCAAAGCGUGGAAUCCCUUCACCAGGUCAGAUCGCCCAAAAUCAGGAGCUGCAUGGACCAGCACAGCCAGAGUUUGGAUGACAUCCGCCUUUACAAGCACCAGCACCCGCCACUAAGUGCCACACUGUCUUCAGACACGUCCCACAGCUACACGUUUGGCUGCAGCCUGGAGGAUAAGCUGUCUAUCUAUGGCUGUGUUUAUUCCACAGCAGACUGCAAAACCAAGUCUGCCCUUUAUGGGAAGCGGUCCAUGAACUGCCUCUCCUUAGAUCUUCUGGGAGAGGAUCAGCUCCCAGAGGAGUUUGUGGUAUAAUGAGAUUGGAGCUCUUCCAUACCAGGAAACAGCUCAUUAUGGAAAUAUAUACCUCAUUAACACGCAUGAUGUCACUCUGGUUCUUGCAGAAGAUUGUGAACGGUUUUGUUAUUCAGCUUCGUAUCAGGAAGUGACAUCACUUCUGCAGACCUGACUACAGGGCAAAUCAACGAGUGUAGCACUUAACGUUGACAUUGGAAGUGUCUGUCUGAGCAGAAAAUGGAAGUGGUUUGCACUAUUAGCAGUGACACAACCAACAUAAAAACCAAAAAACAGUGGACCAAAACUGAUGCUGAGCUUAGUAAAGCAAACUCUGUCUAAAUGGAUUAAUCAGAAAGAAAUUUAAAGUCUAUGUCAGUUUAUCUUCCUGCCUUUCUCUUGUGGUCCAUGUCUGUUAAUGCUAGUGUACAGAUAGUUUGGCUGUCUUGAGUCUGUGGUGCUGCAACACUGCCAACAGCUGUCAGGCCAGGAUAUACUCUGAGCACAUUUGGAGGGCUGUGUAUGGAAGUGUCUGGCCUGUUUCUGUUAUAAUGAGUGCAAGUUGCCUAUUUGCUUCACUGGGAGCAAGACCUGCUCUGCCAGGAGUUUAUUCCUCUUUUCUUUGUUGUUGUUGUUUUGUUUUGUUGUAAGCAUCCAGCCAAAUACAAUGUGCGGCCUUUUUUUUUUAAAUUUACUGCAACAAAUGGAACUGUCUCUCAGCUGUCUAGUAUUGCUGUGAUGCAGAUUGAUAAAUAAAUGCUUAUAUCCUUGGGGAGAUGGGGAGAGGAUAAAACAAAUGACUUGGCUGCUUCUGAGAGUACAGAAGACAAGUUAAGAGUGUUAAUUGACUGGCUUUUGAAGACAGGAGUGUGACUGGAGAAUUUGUCCGGACAUGAUCACUCCUUACUUUGAUUCAUACUUUUAUGUGAUUCUUGUUUUGUUGUUGUUUUUAAUAAAUCUGUUCCUUAGAAUUUUUUCCUCUGCUUAGAAGACAAGUAUGGACUGGAGAAAGUUUCUUUGUAAGGACAGACAGAGUGACUGUGUCCCACUUAGUCAUGGAUAGGUCAUGCAAAUAUGUGUGUGUGGUGCUGCAGGGCUGAUGAUGGUGGAAGUGUAGGCUGUUUGUGUGCCAGACUAAGGGUACUUGUUUGGUGAUCUUGAGAGUGGUGGAGCUGGCUGUGCUGGCUCUCACUAGGAAAAUAAUAAUAAUGACGCUUGAUUCAGGCAUUUGGUGUGGAAAAUAUCCUGCUACCUUGUUAGAUACAAAUAAACAUAUGUUUGAUUUCCUCCCCUAUCUUUCCCCAGUACCUCCUCCCCUCAUCAAUUCACAGCAUUUCAGAAGCUUGUACUUGAAGGUAUGUGUAACCUCUGCCCAGCUUUUGACAACCUUGCAGAUGUGUUUUGGCAAAUUCUAAAAGCCAAGGGAUGCUAUUCUGCUGGUUGAGGAAGUGUGUGUUGUGCAGAGGAGGGAUAGGAAAGCCAGACCACGAUGAGGAAGGUUUGAGCUGCUGCUUUGAUGGCGGGCUUGCAAACUUAGUAGUUGUAUGGUAGAUUGCAUUCCCAUAAGCUGUCAUCAUCUUACUAUUUCUAUGCAAGUGUGGUGUAGAGACAGAGCACACAGGUGCCUCUGCAUUUGCUGAAGUGGCAUCAAGGGCUGUACUUCUUCUGAGAUGAAUCCAGCACUAAACCCUAGCUGUGCGCUUGAGGAAUGAACGGUGGACACAGACUCACUGCAGCCAUGACUUAAUUGACUGUGCCCUCUUUGAUCAUGCUGUUCUUUCUUUUUGUAAUGAACAAUUAGGAACUGUGUGUUCACUGUAGCCUCUUUUCCUUUCUUCCAAACAAAGCCAAAAUGCCUUUACAAAGUACUUGAGGUAUGCUUACUGCAUCCAAAAUAAACUCUCCUAAAUGGAUCUAAAUGGAUAAAGUAAAUCUGGCUGUCUGCUCUUGAGCAGUCCAGUCAAGCCUCCCGCUGUCUGUUGCUCCCUGUUACCUGGGUCCUGUUUGGCUAUAAGCCAUGGGGGAUGGGCACAGCCAGGGUCCAGGAGGCCAGUGGCUGCACUGCAGGGAGCAGCCUUGCAGCAGUGCAAGAGCCUUGCUUUUGCAGCCGCUGCAGAGCUGGAGCCAUGGGUCUUACUGCAGCAAUGCCCAUCUGUCUGUGGAAACAGUGGGGGGGUGGGGUCUGGAGCAACAGCUGUGCUAAACUCUCCUAUGGUUACUUGUGGUUCUAGCAGUGGUCGAUCACAAGACAAAAAGGUCAAAAAUCAGUGCGCGUAGUUGUUUGGAAAACUGUCAUAAAAUGCAUGUGCACCGUGUGCACGCUUGUCUCAAAGACAAUCACGCCCACACCUCCUUCAACCUAACCACUGAAGUGUUUAUUGUCACCAGGCAGCUUGGUAUUCUCAUUUUACAGUUACCAGGCUUCCAAAGGAUUUGGUGAAGUGCUGUAAUGCUGCUGCCACUGGUUACAAAAUACACCAAUGCCUGAAAACAGUGUAAUUGACUUGCAUGAGCAUCCACUGCCUUGUAUGUACCUGUAUUUAUUCAUGGCUGGUGGGGAAGGCAAAUUCUACAGGUCUGGCCAUCUUCUCUCUGUGGUGUGUGCAGACUCCUCCACUACUAUAAGUGAUAUAUGCAUAUGAAGGGGAGACCAGACGCUUUUGUGUGUAGACUGAGAAUGAAUAUCUUCCAAGCACUGUGAAUAUCUAUUAUGCAAUUUUUUGUAUUCAUAUCAAAAAAACCCCACACCUGUUUCUGCUAGUAGUAGAUUUUGUUUGUUUGUUUGUAUUUGGAUUUAGAAGGUCUCUUUUUAUUUUUGGGUUUGAUAGUUUGGUAGACAUUAGUGUGUAAACAUUUAUCAGUUAGAAACUAGCUGCCAAUAUUUGUACAUAUUUGUAAAAUACUUGUGUUAUAAUCACUCUAUUUUAAUGGUAAAAGUUUCUCCUUUCCAUGAAAGGAAUUUCUUGUUUAAAAUAAAAAUAAUUAUAUGUACACCUGCAAUAAAGUAUGGAUAGAAAAAGGUGGUUGUGUAGCUUUUUUUUUUUUUUUUGCGUCCUAGGAGGGUGGUGUCCAAUGAUGUCUUCAAUUUGAGAUAGGUUGUAGAAAUUAAUUUGCUGCCAGACUGUAAUCCAUAUGAGCUUUACU